AUGUUUCCACGACGUCGACCGGGAUCGCGAUCCUCUGCUUGCGAGCUAGGACCCAUCAGCGCUGAGCCGGCGGCUCCGCAUACUACACCAGAAGCUCAUCAAAGUGAACAUGCCCUGGGCUUCACCGACAUAUACGGGUCAUUAACACCCCGUCAAGUGAGCAUCAUCACCAUUGGAUCAGCAAUCGGAACGGGCUUGAUGGUUGGUACUGGAAGGGCAUUGUCCAUGAGCGGCCCGGCAGCUAUAAUAAUCUCCUAUACCAUCGUCGGAUUUGCGGUUUACCUCGUCCUCUCUGCCUUGGGUGAAGUGGGUUCAUGGUUACCAAAACCGUAUACCGUUGCAGACCAAGCCGUUCGAUUUUGUCAUCCUGCACUUGGAUUCAGCUUGGGCUGGAUAUUUUGGCUGAAAUAUGCUGUUGUCACACCGAACCAGCUCACAGCUGCAGCGCUGGUAGUCUCCUAUUGGGUGGGCGCGGAGCGAGUCAAUCCUGGUAUCUGGAUCACGGUUUUCCUUUCGAUCAUUGUGACUCUCAACUUCGUCAACCACCGCCUCCCGAGCAAAAUUGAGUUCUACGUCUCUUCAUUCAAGCUUGUCGUCAUGCUUGGACUCAUGAUACUGUCCACCGUAAUCGCUCUGGGAGGCGGUCCGGAUCAAGAGGCAAAAGGGUUUCGAUACUGGUCGCACCCCGGUGCUUUCGGCGCUCGACACCAUCGUGACCACGGGUUGCUGGAGAAGUUCUACAUAACCUGCUCCACGAUGUCAUCUGCCACGUUUGCAUACAUCGGAAGCGAGCGGUCUGGCUUGGCCCACUUCCCCAACGUUCGAAAAGCUACCUCACGGGCUAUCCAGAAUACAUUCUACCGAAUCAUGGUUUUCCAUCUGCUUGCAAUCACCCUUCUCGGGAUGAUUGCCGCCGCAUCGGCAUUUGUUGCAGCUCUGUAUCUGGCAGGCAUCUCCGUGCUACCGGAUUUGCUGAAUGCAUGCAUACUGUUGUUCGUGCUGUCGAUCGCAGACUACGAUCUCUAUCUGGCAACCAAAGCAAUGUGCGACCUCGCAGUCAAGCACCGUGCCCCUGCCUUCCUGUCACGCACUACCCGGAGAGGCGUCCCGAUCUAUGCUUUAGCUGUGUGCUCAUCCACUGCAACUUUGGCAUAUCUUAACGUCCGCCAAGAUUCGACUGUUGUGUUCGGAUACUUCGUAGAUAUGGUCACGAUGCUCGGGUUACUCACAUGGAUCUCCAUUCUCGUCACCCAUAUUUCUUUUGUGCGGGCGCGAAAGGCUCAAGGCAUUCCCGACAAAGCUCUUGCCUUUAGAGCUCGCUUCGGUCUGCCUGGCACGUGCUUAGCUCUCCUUCUCUGCUUGUUUAUCUCUGUCGCCAUUGUCUUUGACUCUUUCAGCUUUGAUGAUUCGGGCGUUCGAACAUUGGACGUGAAAUCUUUCAUUGCGUCCUACAUCAGCAUUCCUGUUUACAUCAGCUUGAUGGUUGGCUACAAGCUCGCUGUCCACAGUAAACGUGUUGACCCCAAGGAGGCUGAUCUAUGGACAGAUAAGAUUGAGCUGGACAGGGAGGAGAGGGACGGAGCUUAA